AUGAGUUACUACAUUGCUAAAGGACGCUUAGAUCGCGUCAACCCCAACUACUAUUCCGUACAUAAAGAAGUUGAAUUGGCAUUUACAGAUAACACAAUCAUAAAGGCGACUAACAUUGAGGUUUCAACACAUAGAUUCUCUGUUGGCUUUGUAUCAUUGGAUCAUAUAGAUAAAUUACCUAAUGGUGCUAUUCUAGUUUUAAUGAAUCCCCUCAUUGAAAAAGAAUAUAGCAAGAGACGGGGGAUAGUUGUUACAAAUGAGAAAUAUAUCCUAUUCUUCUUCUCUACACAAAAACCCCUUUAUUACCCAAAUGAACCAAAUCAUAAUUUCUCCAUUGACAACACUAAUUAUUCCCUCGACCCAUUUUGGGAUAAUUACUCUGUUUCUGCUAAUGAAAAUGAAAAUGAAAAAUCCCAUGUUCUUGAAGGAAUUGCUGCUGCUGUUGGAGAACAUGUUCUUUUCGGUUACAAUAACAAUGAAAACAAGAAUGAUGAUCCAAAUUCAGCAGUUUCAAUUCUGAAACGCACGUGUCCUGCAGAAAAGAGGAAUAAUAAUAAUAAUGUUCCAUCAGUGGAGAAGAGUUACAGAGGAGUGAGAAAGAGGCCAUGGGGGAGAUGGUCAGCGGAGAUUCGUGACCGUAUAGGGCGGUGCAGACACUGGUUGGGUACAUUCGACACGUCGGAGAAGGCGGCGCGUGCGUACGACGCGGCAGCGAGGUGGUUGAGAGGUUCAAAAGCUCAAACAAAUUUCCAAAUUCCUCCGAUUGUUCCUCUGCCAACUUCACCAACAUCGACGUCAUCAUCUUCAAAUUCGUCUCGUGAAAUGAAAAUGAAAAUGAAAAAGAAAAAUGGUGGCGUUGUUACUAAUAAUCAAAGAAAAUGCUCAGUGGUAACUUCAACUGCGCAUUUAUUUAGCUCUAAUGAAUUUAACAAAAAAGUUAGUGUUACUGUGGAGCUUGAUCUCAAGCUCGGAUUCGGGAGGAAGUUGGGUGGGUGGUUGAGAGGUUCAAAAGCUCGAACAAAUUUCCAAAUUCCUCCGAUUGUUCCUCUGCCUACUUCACCAACAUCGACGUCAUCAUCUUCAAAUUCGUCUCGUGAAAUGAAAAUGAAAAUGAAAAAGAAAAAUGGUGGCGCUGUUACUAAUAAUCAAAGAAAAUGCUCAGUGGUAACUUCAACUGCGCAUUUAUUUAGCUCUAAUGAAUUUAACAAAAAAGUGAGUGUUACUGUGGAGCUUGAUCUCAAGCUCGGAUUCGGGAGAAAGUUGGGUGGGUAUUGGGUCCAGGUAAAGAUUCUGAUUGACCCCUCUGCUAGGAUUCGGGGUUUAGCUUUGAGUUGUUUGGGUAUAAUCGGGGCCUUGUCCCGACCAGUACUUAUGUCACUCAUAGAGGCUAUUGUGGACACAGUAUUCUGGGUUUCUUUCUGCAACUUCUAG